GGUUCAACCAUGACCACCAGAUAAGUCUGUGGUCCCUUUAAAGCUGAGGGCACAAACACAGAGCAGAGGAGGACUUUGAGCAAACAAGUGAACAGUCGACAUGAGGAGCCUCAUGACUCUCCCCAUUUUGGCCCGACGGGCUUUUAGCACGACCCCGAGACAACUAAAAAACAGAGUUCCAGAGCAUCAAAAAGUCUUCCAGGCGGACAAUGGCCUACCUGUUCACAUCAAAGGUGGCACUACCGAUGUCCUGCUCUACCGUAUCACCAUGAGCAUCACCAUCGCAGGCACUGCAUUUUCCCUAUACUGGCUUUUGGUUGCUUCUCUACCAAAGAAGAAAUAGUAUAACCUUCACAUCCUCAAAUCUGUUGUAUUCUUGUCUUGUUCAUUGCCAUUAUUUCAUCAUGCCGAAAGGAAUGUGCCGUGCAAAAUAAAGUGUGAAAUACUGUA